CAAUCAUUCGAGGCCAUUGUUUUCACACACUCUUCUUCUGUGUUUCACAAUCUUUCCCUCACCUUCCCACCCCCUUCCCUCUCUCUGUGGCUUUAAUUUCGCACCCGAAAGCCUCUGAUAAGGUGAAUUUCCAUCUAGGUUUUCCAGUGAUGUAUUCUCGUCGUCUUGUGUGGAACUGUUCGAGCAAAUUGUUCUCUUUCUGAGUUCAUGUGGAGGCCCUUUCACCGUUCUAAUUUUGCCCGCACUUUGAGCAGAAAUUUUGAAGAUUCAGUGCAUUGUUUGAUAAAGGGCUUGUCCCUCCUUAAUUGGCAGUUGAAUAAAACAUCCGGUGCAAUUUCAUUUUUGCGGAGAUGGCAACCAAUGAAAAUCUUCCACCAAAUGUAAUAAAGCAACUAGCCAAGGAAUUGAAAAAUCUUGAUGAUUCCCCUCCCGAGGGCAUUAAAGUUGUUGUAAAUGAUGAUGAUUUUUCAAUAAUAUAUGCUGACAUCGAUGGCCCAGCUGGGACUCCUUAUGAAAAUGGAGUUUUUCGUAUGAAGUUGUUACUAUCUCGUGACUUUCCACACUCUCCACCUAAAGGUUAUUUCUUGACUAAAAUUUUCCAUCCUAACAUUGCAACCAACGGAGAGAUUUGUGUCAACACGUUGAAGAAGGAUUGGAAUCCUACCCUCGGUUUGCGACAUGUUCUUAUUGUUGUCAGGUGUCUUUUGAUUGAACCAUUUCCAGAGUCAGCUCUAAAUGAGCAAGCUGGCAAAAUGCUGCUUGAAAAUUACGAGGAGUAUGCGAGACAUGCUAGGCUUUACACUGGAAUCCAUGCAAAACCCAAGCCCAAAUUCAAAACUGGAGCUAUAUCUGAGUCAACGACUGCACUGAAUGUUGAUCAAAUCAACACCUCAGUAAUUAAUAGUGAAGUGAAAAAUGCGGCAUCGGGUGCUGCAAUGCCAUUGCAGCCACCAUUGGGUCAGUCAGCCGCCACAGUGAGAGGAGGAAACAAUCUAGAACAGGCAGCUACUGUAACAACGGAUGCUCUUGUUAACGGGUCUACUACUGCAACGGUAGUUCCUGCUGCACCAAUAUUACAAAGGAAGGAAACUGGAGCAGCAAAAGUUCAGGCAGACAAGAAGAAGAUAGAUGCCAGAAAGAAAAGUUUGAAAAGAUUGUGAUGAUGCCGUUCAAUAUUUGAACUUUUUAUUUGUUGCCUAGUUGAUAGAAAGAAAGGGGAGGGGGGGAACGUGAAUGUGGCUGCCCAGGGAAGACGGGUGUAACAGUGCGU